AUGGAGCCAAGAAAAUCCACUUUGAAUCCACAUGCAGCAUCAUACGUACCGCUCUCGAAAAGAGGAGCAGCUGAUGGAAACAAAGAUUAUAAGUUGUCAACAAUAGAUUCUAAAGUUGGCAAUGAUGCUGUGUGGCUGGGACCUCAUUCUGAGGGUAUGAAACAAAGCCGGCAACAGAUUACUGAGGACUCUAAACUGAAAGACCAACCUGUUCAAGGAUUUUAUGGUUCAUCGUCACAAAACCCAAGUUGGGUGACAGAAAAGAAGACCGUGGAUGAGGAAUUUGACUUGGAUUUGGCGUGUCUUGAGAUGUCUUUUCCUGGUGUAUCUGAUAAGUCCAUUCUUGAUGUCUACUUAGCAAACAAUGCUGACUUCGAAGCCACAAUUGACAUGCUGAAUGAACUUGAGCUCUACACUUGGGAUUCUUCCGAAAAGCAUCCGCACACAUUGGACAUUGGUGACGUGUCAGACUACUGGUAUUCUAGUGAUCAUGCUACUCAGGAACAGAAGCAGGUGGCUGCUGAGGUUGGUGUUUCUUCAUCAGGCGUGGCUGGUGACGGUGCUGUUUCUUCAUCAGGCUCCUCCGCCCCAGCCCCUGUCACCUAAUUGAGUCAGCAAAAAUCAAGGUCAAUAACUAUCUGUAGUCUUUUCAAAUUCUGGGGAUAUCAAUUGUGAAUUUGGGACUCAGAUUUUCAUCCAAAAGUAGGAUCUAUACAGUUUUUCCGUUCUGGUUGUACAUGUCAAAGCUGCUUAUACUUAAAAUGUCUGUGAGUGUUGUGUUCAUGAUCUUUGGUUGAUAGACCAACAGCCAACCAAAUUGUGCUGCCAUUUUGCAGAUACAAGUUUUCUAAAGAG